AUGGACAACGUGGCAAGGGGAAAAAGGUUACCAGUGAAAACAAUGGUGAAGAUUGCUGUAUCAUGUACUGGGGAUGUUAAUAUCCAGAAUGCUGAUGCUGGAACUCGUCUGGAAGAUACUGCUGAUAACCCUCCACCAAAGAAGACUAAAUCUACUCAGGAUCUUGAGAGUGUCAAAUCCCACCAGAACAAGAGUGUCAAGAAAAUCUGA